CGCGGUCACGUCUCCGCCGGUCACGGUCGUGUCGGAAAGCACCGCAAGCAUCCCGGUGGUCGUGGUCUUGCCGGUGGUCAGCACCACCACCGUACCAACAUGGACAAGUACCAUCCCGGUUACUUCGGAAAGGUUGGUAUGCGAUACUUCCACAAGCUUCAGAACCAGUUCUGGAAGCCCGUCAUCAACCUCGACAAGCUCUGGGCUCUCAUCCCUGCUGAGAAGCGCGAUGAAUACCUCAAGAACAAGUCCUCUGGCACCGCUCCCGUUCUCGACCUCCUUCCCCUUGGAUACUCGAAGGUUCUAGGCAAGGGCCGCAUCCCCGAAGUCCCGCUCAUCGUCCGCGCCCGCUACUUCAGCAAGGAGGCCGAGCGCAAGAUUACUGAGGCCGGUGGUGUCGUCCAGCUUGUGGCAUAA